ACUUGGGUUCACUAAUAUUUUAUCGAACGUCUCAGUCAAUUUACGUACUGGGAUGUUUAUUCUCUUUUGCUAAAUGUUUUUGAGAAGGCUCUUCGUGCACCACUCGGUCCUUUGCUGUACAGGCUUGACAACUUUUGCGUGCACAUUUUGCGAAUUUUAAUGCUCUUUUCUCACUUUUUCUUGCAGCUUUUUCCUCUCGGACGAGGAGGAAAGGGGAGUUUGCUUCGAGCGAAAGGCGCACUUUAAAGUGCGCUUCAGUUUUUCCCUUUUUUGCUACGUUUUGCUCGUGGAAGUUGAGUGUGCCCGUGAGAAGGGUGUCUCUCUGAGGUAUGCGUCGGGGGAGCCUGGCCAGGCUCGCGCUGGGGCUCGCGGCCGCCGCGCUGCUCGCUGCGCGGGCUGCCGAGGGGGCGACUGGGGACGCCGAGGCGGAGCGACCCGCUGAAGGGGACGGAGAGCCGAGGGCCAGCAGAACCAAACGGAGAGGGGGAGCGCACGACGUGCUCAAGGGACCCAAUGUUUGCGGAUCACGUUCCAAUGUAUACUGCUGCCCUGGAUGGAAGACCCUUUCUGGAGGGAACCAAUGCAUUGUUCCCAUUUGCAGAAGCUCGUGUGGAGACGGGUUUUGCUCCAGACCCAAUAUGUGCACUUGCCCAAGUGGUCAGAUUGCUCCGUCCUGUGGCUCUAAGUCAGUUCAACACUGUAACAUCCGCUGCAUGAAUGGUGGCACCUGCAUGGAAGACAGCUGCCUUUGCCAGAAAGGGUACAGCGGGCCACACUGUGGACAACCUGUCUGUGAAAGUGGAUGUCUGAAUGGAGGGAGGUGUGUGGCACCAAACCGCUGUGCCUGUACCUAUGGUUUCACCGGCGCUCAGUGUGAACGAGACUACAGAACUGGGCCAUGCUUUGCCUCGGUUAGCAACCAGAUGUGUCAGGGCCAGCUGACAGGCAUCGUGUGCACGAAGACGCUGUGCUGUGCCACAGUGGGACGUGCCUGGGGGCACCCCUGCGAGAUGUGCCCCGCCCAGCCGCACCCCUGUCGUCGAGGCUUCAUUCCCAACCAUCGAACAGGAGCCUGCCAAGAUGUGGAUGAAUGCCAGGCCAUUCCUGGACUCUGUCAAGGGGGAAAUUGUAUUAACACUGUGGGAUCCUUUGAGUGCAAGUGCCCUGCUGGUCACAAAUUCAACGAAAUCUCACAGAAAUGUGAAGAUAUUGAUGAGUGUGCCAGUAUCCCAGGCCUCUGCAGCACCGGUGAAUGUUCAAACACGGCGGGAAGCUACUUCUGCAAGUGUCCUCAGGGCUAUUACACCCCACUGGAUGGCUCCAAAUGCAUAGAUGGCCGAAGUGGACAGUGUUUCUCCAGUUUCCUGAAUGGCCGCUGUGCCAGUCCAAGCUCACAGCUGCUGACAAAGAUGCAGUGCUGCUGUGACAGUGGGCGAUGCUGGUCGGAUGGGUUCACCCCAGAAAUGUGUCCCAUUCCUGGAACGGAGGAGUUCCAGAGGUUGUGCUCCCAGGUCCUGCCCAUUGAUCCACUCCGCCCUUUCAUCCCUGAAAUCCCAUCCAGACCUGUGGUACCGAUACCUCCAGUCCUUCCAGGUCCAGGACAACCAAUUCCACGCCCCCCUGAUCGUAUUCCAUCCUUUCCAGUUCCAACUGCAGUGAUUUUGACCCAGAACAUCACCAACAUGUGUCAGCUAUACCGGAACCUGUGUUUGAAUGGCCGCUGUGUGCCAAUCCCAGGGAGCUAUCGCUGCGAGUGCAACAUGGGCUUCAAGUUGGAUGGGCGUGGGGAGUGUGUUGAUGAGAAUGAAUGCGAACGAAAUGUGUGUGCACAUGGCGUUUGCGUCAACACUGCUGGCAGCUACUUCUGUGAGUGUCCAGCUGGCUUCCAGAGAACAGCUACCAGGACUGAAUGUCGAGAUCUGGAUGAGUGUGUGGCCAAUGGACGCAUCUGCAACAAUGGCCGCUGUGUCAACACAGAAGGCAGCUUCCACUGUGUUUGCAAUGCUGGGUUUGAGCUCUCUGCUGAUGGGAAGAACUGUCAAGAUCAAGAUGAGUGCCUCCUUAGGAACAUGUGUCUCAAUGGCAUGUGCAUCAAUGAAGACGGCAGUUUCAGAUGCAUCUGUCGACCUGGCUUCUACUUGGAUUCCACAGGCCGGCUAUGUCUGGACAUUGAUGAGUGUGAAACCCAGGGCAUAUGCAUGAACGGGCAAUGCGUCAACGUACCGGGCUCCUUCAGGUGUGACUGCAUGCCCGGCCUUGCGGUAGGCCUUGAUGGUCGCGUCUGUGUCGACACACAUAUGCGAAGCACAUGCUAUGGAGGUUACAAGAGAGGACAAUGUGUGAAGCCCUUUACUGGUGCUGUGACAAAAUCUGAAUGCUGCUGUGCCAACCCUGAGUAUGGCUUUGGGGAGCCAUGCCAGCCCUGUCCGUCACUGAGCUCAGCUGAAUUCUUGGCUUUGUGCAGUCAUGGACUGGGCACUACAACCGAUGGCAGAGAUAUAAAUGAAUGCGCCUUGGAUCCAGAUAUAUGUCAGAAUGGAGUUUGUGAGAAUCUGCUACGAAGUUAUAAAUGCAACUGCAACACAGGAUUUGAAGUUGAUACUACUGGGAAACAUUGUUUUGAUAUUGAUGAGUGUGCCACGAACAGACACCUCUGUGAUAACGGGCUGUGCAGAAACACACCUGGCAGUUUCACCUGUCACUGCGAGAAGGGUUAUGUUUUCGAUGCUGAACUUGAUGUGUGUGAAGAUAUUGAUGAAUGCGAGUCAAACCCAUGUGUGAAUGGGCAGUGUAAGAACAGCCCAGGGUCCUUUGUUUGCCUGUGUUCAUCGGGCAGCACUUUAGACAGCUCUGGAACCCAGUGUAUCGAGACUAGCAAAGGAACAUGUUGGCUGAAGGCUGUCAAUGGGCGCUGUGAGAUCAACAUAAAUGGGGCCACACUUAAGUCCCACUGCUGCGCCACUCUUGGUGAGGCCUGGGGAAGCCCCUGCACCAAGUGUGAGCCAGAUCCUAUUUGUUCUAAGGGAUAUGCCCGAAUUAAAGGGACAACCUGUGAAGAUGUGAAUGAGUGUGAAGUGUUUCCUGGAGUUUGCAUCAACGGAAAGUGUGUAAAUACCGUGGGAUCUUUUGUUUGCCAGUGUCCCAGUGGAAUGACAGUGGAUGCCACUGGUAGAACAUGUAUUGAUCUGCGCACUGAACAUUGCUACCUGACCCAUGAGGACGAGCGCUGUGGUGCCCCUAUCCCAGGCCGGCACCGUGUGGAUGCCUGUUGUUGCUCGGUGGGCGUAGCCUGGGGCCCAGAGUGUGAAGAGUGCCCGGAGACGGGCAGCCCCGAGUACAGCCAGCUCUGUCCACGGGGUCCGGGUUUCUCUCACAGGGGAGAAAUUAUCAAUGGCAAGCCCUUUCUCAAAGAUAUCAACGAGUGUAAGAUGAUCCACAGCCUAUGCACUAAUGGGAAAUGCAGGAACACCAUAGGUAGCUUUAGGUGUAGGUGUGACAGUGGAUUCGCCUUGGACUCCGAUGAAAGAAAUUGCACUGACAUUGAUGAAUGUAGGAUCUCGCCUGAUCUCUGUGGCCAGGGCACCUGCGUCAACACGGCGGGGGACUUUGAGUGCGAGUGCUUUGAGGGUUAUGAGAGUGGCUUCAUGAUGAUGAAGAAUUGCAUGGACAUUGAUGAGUGUGAGAGGAACCCACUGCUGUGUCGGGGUGGACAGUGUAUUAACACAGAGGGCAGCUUCCAGUGCCUCUGUCCUGAUGGUCACCAGAUCGCUCCAGAUGGAUCUGCCUGUUUAGAUAUCAAUGAGUGUGAGCUGAGUGACAAGUUAUGUAAGAAUGGGCAAUGUGUGAACAUGAUUGGGCGCUAUCAGUGCUCCUGUGACACUGGCUACAAGUCCACAGAGGAUGGGCUGUCUUGCAUAGACAUUGAUGAAUGUACCAUUGAGAAUGGUGGCUGCGAGGCUUUCUGUACUAACUCGGAGGGCAGUUAUGAAUGCAGCUGUCGGAGUGGCUAUGCCCUGAUGCCAGACCAGAGGAGCUGCACAGAUAUCGACGAGUGUGAAGAUAAUCCAGAUAUCUGUGAUGGAGGCCAAUGUACAAACAUUCCUGGUGAAUACCAGUGCCUGUGCUUCGAUGGAUUUAUGUCUUCAGAGGACAUGAAGACCUGUCUGGAUGUGGACGAGUGUGAGUUGAAUCCCAACAUCUGCCUGAGUGGGAAUUGUGAGAACACUAAGGGUUCCUUCAUCUGCCACUGUGACCUGGGUUACUCUGUAAGGAAGGGCACCACUGGGUGCACAGAUAUCAACGAGUGCGAAAUUGGGGCUCACAACUGUGACAGACAUGCAUCCUGCACCAACACAGCUGGCAGCUUCAAGUGCAGCUGCAGCCCUGGCUGGAUAGGCAACGGGAUAAAAUGCACAGACCUGGAUGAGUGCUCGAAUGGUACUCACAUGUGCAGCCACAAUGCAGACUGCAAGAACACCAUGGGAUCCUACCGCUGCUUGUGCAAGGAGGGCUUCACUGGAGACGGCUUCUUCUGCUCAGAUACUGAUGAGUGUGCGGAGAAUGUUAACCUGUGUGAGAGUGGACAUUGUCUGAAUUCUCCUGGAGGAUACCGCUGCGAGUGUGACAUGGGCUUUAUUCCCACCUUGGAUGGGAAGGCUUGUGAAGACAUAGACGAGUGCACCUUCCCAGAUAUCUGUGUCAAUGGAAGGUGCCACAAUGUUCCAGGCCUUUUUCGAUGUGAAUGUCACAUAGGCUAUGAACUGGACCGAAGCGGAGGAAACUGUACAGAUAUCAACGAGUGUGGUGAUCCAACCCUCUGCAUUAGUGGAAUUUGUGUUAACACUCCUGGCAGCUACAUCUGCAACUGUCCACCAGACUUUGAACUGAACCCAACUCGAGUCGGCUGUGUGGAUACCCGAUCUGGUGUCUGCUACCUGGAGGUGCGCUUCCGAGGUGAUGCAUCAGAAAGCCUGGUUUGCUCCAACGACAUUGGCAGGGGGGUGUCUAAGGCCUCCUGCUGCUGCUCUCAGGGUCGAGCCUGGGGGACCCCCUGUGAGGCCUGCCCUCCGCUCAACUCCUCUGAUUAUAAAACCUUGUGUCCGGGAGGAGAGGGAUUCCGGCCCAACCCAAUCACAGUUAUUUUGGAAGAUAUCAACGAGUGUCAGGAACUUCCUGGGCUUUGCCAAGGAGGAGACUGCAUUAACACGUUUGGGAGCUUCCAGUGUGAAUGUCCAAAGGGCUUUCAACUGCAUGAGGAAACUAGAAUCUGUGAAGAUGUGAAUGAGUGUGAGAGACCGGGUAUCUGCGGUCCGGGCGAAUGCUAUAACACCAUAGGGAACUACACCUGCCUCUGUCCCCCUGAUUACAUGCAAAUCAACGGUGGAAACAACUGCAUGGAUAUGAGGAGGAGCCUGUGCUACCGCAACUACAACUCUGACAAUGGCACCUGUGACGGCGAACUGGCCUUCAACAUGACCAAAAAAAUGUGUUGCUGCUCGUACAACAUUGGCCGAGCCUGGAACAAACCAUGCGAGCAGUGUCCUGUGCCCAGCACAAAUGAAUUCACCAUCCUGUGUGGCAGCGAGAGGCCAGGAUACUACAUUGACAUUUACACUGGGCAGGUAGUAGAUAUUGACGAGUGCAGGGAGAUUCCUGGGGUGUGUGAGAAUGGAGUUUGCAUCAACAUGAUUGGCAGCUUCAGGUGCGAGUGUCCCAUGGGCUUCAUCUAUAAUGAUAAGCUGCUCUUCUGCGAAGACAUUGAUGAGUGCCAGAAUGGCCCCAUAUGUCAGAAAAAUGCUGACUGUGUGAACCUCCCUGGAAGCUUCCGCUGCGAAUGCAAGCCUGGUUACCGCUUCACCCCUUCUGGCCAGUGCCUGGAUCGCAAUGAAUGUAUUGACAUCCCCAACAUCUGCAACCCUGGCAGGUGUAUUGACACACUGGGAAGUUACCGUUGUGUAUGUCCUAAUGGGUUCAAGGCUACUCCGGAUUUGUCCAUGUGUAUAGAUGUUGAUGAGUGCGAGAGGCAGCCAUGCGGGAAUGGAACAUGUAAAAAUACAGUAGGAUCAUACAGCUGCCUGUGCUUCCCCGGCUUUGAGUUGACGCACAAUAACGAUUGCAUCGACACCGACGAAUGCAGCUUCCAGAGAGGCUUGUGCAGGAAUGGGAACUGCAUCAACACAGUUGGCUCCUACGUGUGUGUAUGCCGUGAUGGCUAUGAGCUCACAGCUGACCGCAGGAACUGCAUAGAUAUAAAUGAGUGUUUCGUGAAUCCGGGGACAUGUGGACCUGGAACAUGUCAGAACCUUGAUGGCACCUACCGAUGUAUUUGCCCACCUGGGUACUACGUCACUGAUGAAAAAUGUGAAGACAUUGAUGAGUGUGCACAGAGUCCUGACUUCUGCGUGCUUGGCACCUGCGACAACACAGAAGGCAGUUUCACAUGUUCCUGUCCAGAGGGCUUCCUGCUCUCCCCCAGUGGAAGAAGAUGUAUAGAUAUUCGUGUCAAUUACUGUUAUACCAAGUUCGAAAAUGGCAGGUGCCUGGCACCCAAACCCCACAACACCACCAAGGGCACUUGCUGCUGCAGUGCCAUGCCCGGCCAGGGUUGGGGUGACCCUUGCGAGAUCUGUCCCACCAAAGAUGAGGAGGCUUUUGGUUUGCUUUGUCCUGGAGUGGGCCAAACUACUGACAAAAAUGACAACCCAGUAGAUAUUGAUGAAUGCUUGACAAACCCUUGUAAGUUUGGGCAGUGCAUCAACAUGGACAGGUCUUUCCGCUGUGAGUGUCCUUUUGGAUACGAACUAGACUACACUGGGGUUAACUGUAAAGAUAUCAAUGAGUGCGACCUGGGAGCUCCCUGUGGGAAUGGGACAUGCACCAAUGUGGUUGGGGCCUUUGAGUGUGCCUGUGACGAGGGCUUUGAGCCUGGACCUAUGAUGACUUGUGAAGAUGUGAACGAAUGCACCCAGAAUCCUUUGCUUUGUGCCUUCCGCUGUGUCAACACGGUGGGCUCUUAUGAGUGCAAGUGCCCUGCAGGCUACGUCCUGCGGGAAGACAAAAGAAUGUGCAAAGAUCAAAAUGAAUGUGAGGAUGGCAUCGAUGACUGUGAAAGCAGAGGGAUGACAUGCAAGAACCUGAUAGGCACGUACAUGUGCAUCUGUUCACCGGGAUACAUUAGACAGCCGAACGGCGAGGGCUGUAUGGAUCUGAAUGAAUGCACAGCCAAGCCCGGGAUCUGUGUGAAUGGCCGCUGUGAGAACAUGGUGGGGAGCUACCGUUGCCGAUGUGACCAGGGUUUCACCCCCAGUCCCUCACAGACUGAAUGUAUUGACAACCGACAGGGCUUCUGCUUCACAGAGGUGUUGCAGACCCUUUGCCAGAUGACCUCCACCAGUCGUAAUAGUGUUACCAAAUCUGAGUGUUGCUGUGAUGGCGGACGUGGCUGGGGACCCAACUGUGAGCUUUGCCCCUUGCCAGGCACCACACAGUACAAGAAGAUGUGCCCACUGGGGCCUGGGUACACCACUGAUGGCCAAGAUAUCGAUGAGUGCCGGGUCAUGGGAAACCUAUGCCGUAACGGACAGUGUGUGAACACUCUGGGAUCCUACAAAUGCAUAUGCAAACUGGGGUACACUGCUGACAUUACUCAGACCACAUGUGUCGAUGUGGAUGAGUGCUCGCAAGCUCCGAAGCCCUGCAACUUCAUCUGCAAGAACACAGAUGGCAGCUACCUAUGCUCUUGCCCCAGGGGCUACAUCUUGCAGGAGGACGGCAAGAGUUGCCGAGACCUGGAUGAGUGUUCAACCAAACAACAUAACUGUCAGUUCCUGUGCGUCAACACCAUCGGCGGAUUCACCUGUAAAUGCCCACCUGGGUUCACUCAGCACCACACAGCCUGCAUUGACAACAAUGAGUGUGCCAUGGACCCGGGCUUGUGUGGUUCCAACGGGAUUUGCCAGAACAGCCCUGGCAGCUAUAACUGCGAGUGUCAGCGUGGAUUCACCCUGGACCAGAAUGGGCAGGGCUGUGAAGAUAUGAAUGAAUGUGAGGGGAACCAUCGGUGCCAACAUGGCUGUCAGAACCUGGUAGGAGGCUACAGGUGCAGCUGCCCUCAGGGCUACCUCCAGCACUACCAGUGGAACCAAUGUGUAGAUGAGAACGAGUGCCAGAACAGCCAGAUCUGCGGUGAAGCCUCCUGCCAUAACACGUUGGGGAGCUUCCGCUGCCUCUGCCCCACAGGCUUCAGCUACCAGCAGUUCAGCGGUGGCUGUGAGGAUAUCAAUGAAUGCUCCUCCCCACAGAACCCCUGCAACUAUGGCUGCUCCAAUACCGACGGGGGCUACCUGUGUGGGUGUCCCCCGGGCUAUUACAGAGCAGGGCAAGGGCACUGUAUCUCAGGCACUGGCUUUGGGGGUGUAAGCCAAGGUGGAGAUGCAGAGGACAACUCGCUUUCUCCAGAGGCCUGCUAUGAAUGCAAAGUCAACGGCUACCCAAAGAAGGGCAGAAAACGUAGAAGCACCGAUGUAACGGAUGAUGCACUUCUAGCAGACUCGCAGGAUGAACAAGAAACAGUCAGCCUGGCAAGUGUGGAUGUUGAAAACCCCAUUCUGUUCAAUUUCAACAUCAGCGACCUGAACAACAAACAUCGCAUUUUGGAGUUCACGCCCGCACUCUCCACACUCUCCAACCAUAUCCGCUACCUGAUUGACUUGGGAAAUGAGGAGGGAUUCUUCAAGAUCAACCAGGAAGAAGGAAUAAGCUAUCUUCAUUUAACCAAGAAGAAACUACAUCCUGGAGUUUAUUAUUUACAAAUCAGCAGCAUUCCAUUGUACAGAAAGAAAGAACUGGCCCAGCUGGAAGACAACCAUGAUAAAGACUACCUCACGGGACAGCUGGGAGAUACGCUACGAAUGAAAGUGCAGAUUGUUCUCCACUAACAGCACAAGGAGACCAGUGAGAUUGCCUGUAACCAAAGAGACUGAGGGACUGCAUUGAUGACUCCCAAAGAUGAUUCCACAUAUCAUGGAUACAAUGUCUUAUUGCAUACAGCAUAUGGAAAAGAAACACUGGCAUGUGUUUAGCAAGCAGGGGAUGAGAAGGAAAAGCAUGAGCAAAAAAUCUAUCCCAAAAGCAGUCAUUUUCUCAGGCUUCAUUCAGAGCGCUCUUCUGAAUAAGGUUUUGUAUUAUGGUAUGUCGAAUCUCGUGACACUCUGUGGGACAUAGACAUUGCAAGAAGGCACUGAUGCUAAGACUUUCCUGCUUAGCUGAUGUUGAGGAUUUGGCACGGCCUUGAAAGACUUUCUGACAUAAUUUAGCUUUCCAUUGAAUAGAUCAGCAUUGUAUUAUAUAUUAACUUGUGCUGGUAACUUGACAUCCUAGAUUUAUGAAUAAAAUGUCGGAUUGCCCAAGUUUGAUGAGGAUUUUAAAAAACUACGGGGGGAGGUAGUAGCAGCAGCAGGUGACCUUGGCAAGGAGCGGAGCAAAAUUGUGUACCUUCAAAAUAAUCAUGCAUUCAAUAUAAUAAAAUUAAGUACAACAUGGAGAUAAGUGCAUUUAUUUGUCUAGAUCACACAGGUAAUCAAAAUGAUUGAUCACCAGGUGGCUCUUAUUUAAGGUAUUCUAGCCAAACAUGAAUUACGGUGAUUUCUGGGUGGUCUGUACUGAAAGCACUUCACUUGUCACUGAUUAAACAAGUGAAGUCAAGGGCCGAGCAAAGGUGCUGAGUGUACUUUAAAGGUACAUGGGUUUGACCCUUUUAUACACUUUGUCACCUUUUAUAAGCCGCACUACACAACCAUGGUUGUGGGAUUUCAAAGGGGUGUUGUUUUGCUAUUAUAAAGGUUUUUCCCCAUUUUGGGUUUUGAUAAUAAAUUAUAUAUUUUGCCAUUUGUAUCAUCACAUUGAUACAUUUAUGAUACAUUUUGUUUUUCUUCCAGGGUGAAAUGUUGCUAUUUUAAUUGCGAGUGUUAUUUGCAUAUUUCCCCUGCUCAUUGUGGAAUACUUGGGCCAUCUGACAUUUUAUUAACAUAUGAACAUGGUAGCCAAAACGCAAGUUUUCUACAGUCUGAAGAUUAAGUUUGCAACCAACCAAAGUUAGCUCAGUAGCCUCUUUGUUCACAGUUAUUCCUAUACUACAUGUAAAUGAAGUGUGUUUAUACUGUAACCAUGCCACUUUUUAAUCAUCAAAAGCAUUUUUAACUAGGUAAAGCCCUGAAAGGAAGGGUUUUGUAAUGGUGCUUAUAAUGACCAACUACUUCUUCACUGUAUACGCCAUUCUGUCAAUGUAAUUAAUAUCUGUGACUCAACGUUGUGCACUGAGGCCUUGGAGGCCACACCCAUUCUCACAAGUACAAUCAGUGCUCUCAUCCAAGAUGAUGAAAUGAUCCUUCAGUACCAGAGUUUGUUCACAUCAGUGAGGGUUUAGUUCCAGUAAAUUCACAAUAAAACAUAUUUUUGGUUUAAA